AUGGAUGAAUAUCAAGAGUACGGAAAGAUGUCACAGUUUCAGCAGAAACUCAACUCUAAGCUCGAACAUAAUGCCCGAUCAGUGUUUGGUAAGUUUUUUCGUCAUUAUUUGUUUUAUUUUAGUUGGAAACAUCUCCUACGACGUAACUGAAGAAGAAAUCAAGCAACUCUUCUCGCGUGUCGGAAAUAUUGUGCACUUUCGAUUAGUCCACGACAGAGAUACCGGAAGGCCAAAAGGUUUUGGAUUCUGUGAAUUCACAGAACCUCCGAUGGCGGAUGCCGCAAUCAGGCACUUCCAGGGUUAUGAACUACAUGGGAGAGCUCUAAGAGUAGAUUCAGCAUCCGCGAGUGAUAGAAACGUCGAAGAAGUAAGCUUACGCGUUGAAGGGAAUGUUCUUUUUGUUGAUAUUUCUAAUAACGAUUUUAUUUUAGACUCAACAAAUGCAGGCUGCCGUUCAAGCCGCCAAGGAGCAAUUCACUCGCGUGGAGGAAAACAUCUACGGAAAGGAGACUGAGCAUGGCAAAGCGCCUGAAGCCAUUGCAAAGACAGUAGCUUCUCUUCCUCCCGAACAAAUGUUUGAAUUGAUGAAACAGAUGAAGCACACAGUAACCUCAAAUCCAUCUCAGCUUCGACAAUUUUUAUCAGAGAAUCCACAGCUGGCAUAUGCUUUACUUCAGGUCAGUUUGUUGAGAAGCUUUUUGAUAUGGUCAGGUUUAGGCUCAAGUUGUGAUGAGAGUAGUGGAUCCUAAAGUGGCUUACACGAUGUUGCACAGAGAGACCCCAGUAACUCAACAGCCGUUCCACAAAAUGCCGGGUAUCAACAAUGGAGGUAUGACCUUUCUCCAUUCGUGAUAAAUUGUAGCGUUUUAGGUUCAAAUGUGUACGUGGGACCUCCUCCUGUGCCGUACAAUCCACCAAUGCCACCGCCUCGUAACAUUCCCUUUGGAGGCCCUCCAAGUUCUUCUGCUCCUCAUCGGUAUGGAGGACCUCCGGUUCAAGUAUCGCCUAUCCCUGGUCCUGUGGUCACAUCGGCUGCCGCAUCCAACGCUGCAAUCAAUGACGAUGAACAACAAGCACAGUUGCUUAUCCGUGUAAUGCAGUUGUCACCCGAGGACAUCGCCUGUUUGGACGAGGAGGAGCGAAUCAAAGUUCAAGCAUUGAGGCAACAACUUCUCAACGUAACCUAAAGAAAUGUAAAUUUUUUAAGCAAGAUGUGUCUCAAUAAAAUAAACAGAAUGUAUUUCGGAAUUAAUUGGAGUGCCAAGUCAUAUCAUGAUAAAAAUUCCCAGUUUCUGAUGUUUUUAGUUUACGUCAUUUCUGCAGACGUCAAGAAUUGACCGGAAAAGAGUCAUCAACCCUCAUUUGGAGGCAAUCUGGCUUGUAAAUGGAUCCGGCUUCAGGCAUCGACUGGCCUUGCAAGCUCAGUCUUAA